UAACCACGGAAUUCGUAAUCUCAUUGGUUAGCAAGCCGGUAUUGGGGACACGCGCGAUUCUACGCUUCAUUCCGGCUGGUUUACCGGUGUCCGUGAGCAGGAAAAGGGUAUUUUUGCGACUGGGUCUGCAGCUGCCAUGCCGUCCGAUUUAGCAAAGAAGAAAGCGGCGAAAAAGAAGGAGGCUGCAAAAUCCCGCAGUCGUACCAAGAAACCCGAUGAGAAUGGCGAGGGUGGGGGAGCCGAAGGUCAAGAGGACGGAGCGGCCAGCAACGGGGUGGAAAGCCUGGGAAAGGAACUAGAUGCGUUCGAGCUGGAGAAGACUAAUGCGCGAGCAGUGACGGGGGUACUGGCCUCCCACCCCAACAGCACAGAUGUCCACGUCGCCAGUUUGUCCCUCACCUUCCAUGGCCAGGAGCUGAUGAGCGACACCAGUCUGGAGCUCAACUCCGGCCGCCGCUAUGGCCUCAUUGGACUCAAUGGAACAGGCAAGUCCAUGCUGCUGUCAGCUAUUGGCCACAGAGAGAUCCCCAUUCCAGAACACAUCGACAUCUACCACCUGACCCGCGAGAUGCCACCCAGUGAAAAAACGGCCCUCCAGUGCGUCAUGGAGGUGGAUGAGCAGAGGAUCAAGCUGGAGAAGGAGGCUGAGAGGCUCGCUGCUGAGGACUCUGAGUGUGAGAAGCUGAUGGACCUGUACGAGCGUCUCGAGGAGCUGGACGCAGACAAGGCUCAGGUGCGCGCCUCGCGGAUCCUCCACGGCCUGGGCUUCACCCCCGCCAUGAUGCAGAAGAAGAUGAAGGACUUCAGCGGAGGAUGGAGGAUGAGGGUGGCUCUGUCCAGGGCACUGUAUCUGAAGCCCUUCAUGCUGUUGCUGGAUGAGCCCACCAACCACUUGGACCUGGAGGCUUGUGUGUGGCUGGAGGAGGAACUCGCUCAAUUCAAACGUAUUCUGGUCCUGAUCUCGCAUUCCCAAGACUUCCUCAAUGGCGUGUGCACCAACAUUAUGCACUUGCACCAGAGGAAGCUCAAAUACUACACCGGUAACUAUGACCAAUAUGUCAAGACCAGACAGGAGCUGGAGGAGCACCAGAUGAAGCGCUUCAACUGGGAGCAGGAUCAGAUUUCACACAUGAAGAACUAUAUCGCACGGUUCGGCCAUGGCUCUGCCAAACUGGCCAGGCAAGCCCAGAGUAAAGAGAAGACCCUGCAGAAGAUGGUGGCCUCAGGCCUGACUGAGAAAGUUGUGGAUGACAAGACCCUGUCAUUUUAUUUUCCUUCCUGUGGGAAGAUACCCCCUCCUGUCAUCAUGGUGCAGAAUGUCAACUUUAGGUAUUCUGAUGACACACCAUAUAUUUACAAAAACCUGGAGUUUGGAAUUGAUCUUGACAGCCGAGUGGCCCUUGUGGGGCCCAAUGGAGCUGGAAAGUCCACACUGCUGAAGCUGUUGUAUGGAGAGCUUCGCCCUUCCGACGGUAUGAUCAGGAAGAACUCUCACGUGAAGAUCGGCAGAUACCACCAGCACUUAACUGAGCAGCUGGAGUUGGACUUGUCACCCCUGGAGUACAUGAUGAAAUGUUACCCAGCUAUCAAGGAGAAAGAGGAGAUGAGGAAGAUCAUCGGGCGCUACGGCCUGACGGGGAAGCAGCAGGUAAGUCCUAUUAGGAACCUGUCUGAUGGGCAGAAGUGCAGAGUGUGCUUCGCCUGGCUUGCCUGGCAGAACCCUCACCUGCUCUUCCUUGACGAGCCCACCAAUCAUUUGGACAUAGAGACCAUCGAUGCCCUGGGGGACGCCAUCAACGAAUAUGAUGGCGGCAUGAUGCUAGUUAGCCACGACUUCAGGCUGAUCUCGCAGGUGGCUCAGGAGAUCUGGGUGUGCGAGAACCAGACCAUCACCAAGUGGAACCGAGACAUCUUGGCCUACAAGGAGAACUUGAAAUCCAAAAUCGCCAAGCAAAUGCAUGACUUCUAGAGACCAGACCAGACCAGUCCUGAUGGGAUUGUGUUCACACCCCCUGAAACAGCAGCACGUUCCAUCAACAGCCAUGCAUGCUGAAGUUUACUUCAGAGAGCGCAGACCCCCUCCUCCGUCAAUCUGGUAGCCUCGAGAGGCUCGGGUGGUCUUGGUAGCCAUCUGCAGAACAUCAUAUUUUCUAGUCAUUAUGCAAUUCUCUUUACAGCCCCUACACUCUUUCCCCCCUGGGAACAUUAUAAUGGAAAUAGUAAAUAAUAAAUAUAAGUACCCUUA